GACAGACAGUCUGGGAAGGCUGAGCCUUGCGCUUGCGCAUUCCUUCUCAGCUGCCCUCCGCCUCAAUUACGCCCGCAGCCGAGUUGAGAGGCGAAUUAAAAUAACAUAGUGCGCCUGCUCAGUGCACGCCUCCGAGAGUUUGGACCAAGAGUCCAAAAGUUUGCUGGUGCACGUUGUCUACUAGCUUGCUUUGGUUCUCACGGGUGGGUUGUUGUCAGCUGCAGGUAUGCUGAGCGCUGAGCUGGGAAGAAGGAGCCGCUGCAUGCACCGUCUCUUGGGGAGCCUGUGCCCCGCUCUGUUCACCAGCAUCGGCUCCGCUCACGUCCCCUUGCGCUGCCCCCAACCCUGUCCUGGCAGCUUCAGGGGGCUGCAGCAGGGAAGCUGCGCUCCUCCAGGUGCCAAUAGUGUGAAGCCACUGGAUGGUGUGAAAAUUCUUGAUCUAACAAGAGUCCUUGCGGGACCUUUUGCUACCAUGAAUCUAGGAGACCUUGGAGCUGAAGUUAUUAAGGUGGAAAAACCAGGAGCUGGGGAUGAUACAAGAUCCUGGGGACCUCCCUUUGUUGGAACUGAAAGUGUUUAUUUUCUCAGUGUAAACAGGAAUAAAAAGAGCAUAGCAGUUAAUAUGAAGAACCCUAAGGGAGCAAAGAUCAUUAAAGAGCUUGCAGCUGUCUGUGAUGUCUUUGUGGAAAACUAUGUCCCUGGGAAACUGGCUGAAAUGGGCCUGGGAUAUGAAGACAUUAGCAAGAUUGCUCCUCAUAUUGUUUACUGCUCAAUAACAGGCUAUGGUCAAACUGGUCCAAAGUUUCAACGUGCAGGCUAUGACUCCGUUGCAGCUGCUGUUUCUGGCCUCCUGCAUAUCACAGGGCCUGAGGGAGGUGAGCCUGUUAGGCCAGGAGUAGCUAUGACUGAUCUCGCCACUGGACUAUAUGCAUAUGGAGCAAUUAUGGCUGCACUGCUUCAGCGAUAUAAAACAGGAAAGGGGAUGCACAUGGACUGCAAUUUGAUAUCGUCUCAAGUUGCCUGUCUUACCUAUAUAGCCAGCAAUUUCCUAAAUUGCAAAACAGAAUCCAAACGAUGGGGCACUGCACAUGCAAGUAUUGUCCCUUACCAGGCUUUCAAAACCAAGGAUGGCUAUAUCGUGGUAGGAGCAGGAAAUGACCAACAAUUUGCCACUGUUUGCAAGAUCCUGAGUUUGCCUGAAAUCAGUCAAGAUUCCAGAUAUAAAAAUAACCAGCAGCGAGUGUUAAAUAGGAAAGAACUUGUUGGAAUUUUAUCAGCCAGAUUUUUGGAAAAAGAGACCACCGAAUGGCUAGAACUCUUUGAAGGUAGUGGUGUUCCAUAUGGCCCAAUCAAUAGCAUGAAGCAGGUGUUUUCGGAUCCUCAGGUGCUGCACAACAGACUUAUCAUGGAAAUGGAGCAUCCAACAGUAGGGAAGAUAGCUGUUCCAGGACCAGCUGUAAGGUACAGCCAGUUUCAAGUGUCUGAACCAAGACCACCUCCUCUUAUUGGCCAGCACACAGUGGACAUCCUGAAGAAGACUCUGGGUUAUAAGGAUGACACCAUACAGGAACUUCUCAGCUCUGGAGUGAUAACUCAGCAUAAACUCAUGUGAAAGAAUUUGCUUAUAGCUCUGAUGUGGAAGAAUCUUCCUUGAAUACUGCUAGGAACUCUUUAAUUCUCAGACCUAAUAAUGGAGAUGUGAUUAAAUUCUUAUUAUUUUUGUUCAGAAUCUAAAGCAGUGAUGGCAAACCUUUUAGAGACCGAGUGCCCAAAGUGCAACCCAAAACCCACUU